CUGUUCGGAGUUUUGCUCGUUAUACUUAUUUCAUUAUGGAUGGCCAUAUACCACGGCGGAUUCGAAUGGUAUCAUGAAAAAGCUUUUAAUUUCCAUCCUUUGUUUAUGGUUCUUGGAAUGGUUUUCUUUUAUGCUGAAGCAAUAUUGGUCUAUAGAGUGUUUAGAAAUAAAAAGAAAAUUGUGUUGAAAUUAUUUCAUGCUUCUCUAAAUGUUCUUGCUUUCAUUUUUGGUGCUCUCGGAUUGAAAGCAGUCUUUGAUUCUCAUAAUUUAAUUGAUAAACCAAUUCCUAAUUUGUAUUCAUUGCACAGCUGGUUGGGUAUCACAACAGUAGUCUUGUUUGCAGUUCAGUGGUUGUUUGGACUGUUUGGAUUUUUAUUGCCAGUGAGCAACCUAAAAUUUAAAAAAAUAUUGAUGCCAAUUCAUUUAUUCUUUGGGAUCGUAAUCUUCGUCUUGGCUACAUUGACGUCAUUGACUGGUUUAACUGAAAAGGCAUUGUGGACGCUAGAUAAAACUUAUCAACUUUUUGUUCCUGAGGGUGUGUUAAUCAACGUGAUGGGGUUGUUGUUGGUCAUCUUUUGCAUCUCCAUAGUUUUCCUGGUCGUCAAUCCAAAUUAUAAACGUGUUGCUAAAGCUGAAGACGGUGUUAAUUUAAUCAACUAA